CAGAAAUGGUGUAGCAGCUGCCUGGCGGUGGGAGAACGCCGCGAGUGGAUUUUCUACCUGUCGGUUAAAUCGUCGUCCAAUCACGUACCCAAAUUGAACUUCAAAUAUAUUCUGUACCUGUGAGGAUUGCGCGGGGUGAGCGCCGGAGACGCACAAACGGUCGCAGCGCCAUUCGCACGUAUUUUUCGCCUUUUCGUGCGGCUGCAAGGGAGAAGAAGAAAAAAAAACGGCCAAGCCCAAAAAGGGCACCGAAAGAACACAGUAGGCAUCGGUCGUCCAUCCACCAAUAUCCGAACGGUACCAAAAGCAAAAAAAAAACAAAAUCAAACAAACGUAACGAGAUCGUGAAGAGGAAGCAUCAGAGAAAUAGUUUGUUGAAGCAGUGGCUGUGUGCAGUGAAAUGGAUGCGAAGGCGGUAACGGCGGCGGCGACGGAGACGGCAUCAAAAUUAACCGUGUGUAACGACUAAACAACAAACAGGAGUUCCGCAUUUUAAGAGAGAGGAGAGUGCGAGUGUUGUGUCUUCACCGUACUCUAUUUUAUAUAUAUAUGUGUGUUGCGUGUUGUUAUAAAUAUAGAGAGUGUUGUUGGAUUUGCCCCCUUUCUCGCGACACCUAACCUAGGCAACUACCGUCUCUCUACGCCUAAAUAUACACAUAUAUUUAUUCGGCUCCUCUAUUUUUCCCUCUUUCUUCAUUCAAUUUUUUUUUGCUCUUUGCUUGUUUCGUCCGCAGCUUCUGUUGUUUCAAAAUAUAUUUCGUUUAUGUAUGUGUGCGUGCGUGUGUUGAUGUAACCAAGUUGUUAUUUUAUUUUCGAGAGAGAUAUAUAUCGCUUUUGUGAAAACGCACCAAAAUGGACGAGAAAACUAAGUGCCAAGUGAGACAACAGUCGAUAGGAAGCGAUUCCAACAGCGAAGAUACACUCAGAAAUGAAAGCGCUUUGGGAUCAGCCUCAGCAUUGCCAUUGGACAAGAGAAUUUGCUUGGUGGGUGGAGCGGCUAAUGACGAAGCGGUAUGUGGGGCGGCACAGUCAUUCGGAGUACCGAUCGUGACAUCGCCGGACGGAUACGAGUAUGCUGGAGAUCAAAGCUGCUCAACAAUAUUUGUACUAGAGAAGUUCCAAGGGCCACAGUACGAUCACCUCUGCAAGUCACGGCAUCCUCUGCUGGGAAUGCCAGCCCUCCGUCAGUUGGCUAUAAGAAAAGACAAAUUACCUAAUAACACGAGACCUCUCUACACCUUAGCCAUGACGGGAGUCGUCGUAUGUUUUACAGGAUUUAGAAAUAAAGAAGAUUUGACUAGACUAGUGCCCUUGGUGCACCACAUGGGCGGGUCGAUACGCAAAGAAAUGUCUUUUAAAGUUACUCAUCUGAUAGCAAAUGCCAGUGGAGGAGAGAAGUAUAAGUACGCCAACGUCUUCAGGCUUCCCAUAAUGAAUUACGCAUGGGUUCUGACCAGUUGGGAUAGGAGAAACGACAUGGAGUUUAGUGCCAUUUGUGAUAAAUUUGUGAGCGAGUUUAAAUUGAAACCCUUCCAUGGUGCACGGGUGUGCUUUCUUGGAUUUCCAGAAGAGGAGGAAAAGCACAUGGCUGAAAUCCUGGUGUCAAAUGGAGGCACGGUGGCUCCUCUGGAUGACCCCACCUGUACGCAUGUCGUGAUGGACCACGCUGAGAAUUACCCGUUGGAAGCUAAUGGCGGCUCACACACUCCUCAACCUGUAAUAACUCUCGAAUCCAACGAACCUUCUCCUACUUUAACAAUUGCUUCCGAACUGACGACGCCUCCGAAUGAACAGCAGCUUCAACAGCUAGCUCUUCGCAAGGCAGAGUUUAAAACCCCGAAACUAUCCACUUUACAUGAGAAAUCACACGACGACGCGAUUUGUUCGCAGCUGAACGAUACGGUUUUUGAUACGACCGUGAACAUGCAGAAUCUCGACUUGGAUCAGUCCACAUCGAGCACGAGAAAACGCAAGUUAAGAUCACCCGAAUCAAGUUUUCUGUGUUCGAAACGAAAUAAGAAAGAUUUGAGCUAUAGCGAAAACACGAAAAGAAAAAUCACUGAUUUCUUGAGAACUCCGUUCAAUUACUUGUCGAAUCGUCGACGAACUAUCGGGGCGAAUAGAAGUUUGAACGAGGGUGAAAUUAUGGUUGACUCCACGUCCGGCAUCUUCGAAGUGCAAACUUUCGAUAAUCUGAGCUCAUCUUGCAACCGUACUCCGGCUAAUAAUAACGGCAAGAAACCGCGCAAAAAUCUUUUCCAACGAACGUUCAGCAGUUCAAAGUUUGUUCGUAACACCACCCGCAAGAACGAUUUGAACGCUACCAAACUGAGUUUCACCGAAUGUGACGGUGGUAACUCGAUGAACAUCUCCUGUUUCCCUGAUUUCUCCGAACAAUCUAAUCUCCAUUCCACUUUCCUUGAGCCACGUCAGCUUCGCAGCACUGGACCGGAUCCAUCAGGGGCCCAUUUAACUCAUGCUGCGGUUGUAGAUGAAUCUCAAGUGACGGAAAGACCCGACGUGGUUCCGAAAGCCCACGUAGUGAAAGCCGAAUGGUUUUGGACAUCAGUUCAAAAAGAAAUCAGUUUGGAAGAAAAAGCUUAUUUGCUUAUGGAGUUGAAUGAUCGAGUUUCAUCUCCGAGCGUUCGUAGAGACUCUCAUCAAGCCACGCCCGGCAGCGCAAGUCGUCGGAAAAGGAAAAGACUGUUGGAGACAUUGGCACAUCCUCAACAGUCGCCCGUGGUUCACCAUAAAAGGCGGUCUUCAAUCAGCGAUGCAGGUCUACAUUCUGUAUCUGGUUCGUUUUUGGAUUGUACCGCAAGCCCAGAUAAGGCUUUAUACGAUGGGACGGAAUCAAGUACCGUUCCAGAUACUCCUCGCAAGGGUCUCACCGCCCGCCAACAGGUCUUCCUAGAGCUGGUCCAAACCGAAUCGAAUUAUGUAAAUAUAUUGGACACAAUAAUGAAGAUGUUUAAGAAACAUUUAGAAGAAAUGGACGAAGAGGAUGCUCUUUUAAAUAAUACCGAAUUGAAGAUCAUCUUUGGUAACGUGCCGCUGAUUUUCGAAACGCAUUUAAAGAUGCUGGACGAGUUACGCAAGCUCUCUGCUCACUGGAGCGAAGAAAAGUGCGUAGGAAAUGUGAUAUUGAAGUACUCCACUGAUCUGCUGAAGGCCUAUCCACCUUUCGUGAAUUUCUUCGAGGAGAUGAAGGAGAUGCUCACGCAGUGCGAUGUUAACAAACCCCGAUUCCAUGCGUUCCUUAAAGCAUGCCAGACGAGGCCGGAGUGCGGACGUCAAGGUCUUCAAGAUCUUCUCAUUAGGCCAGUUCAGCGAUUACCCAGUAUCAGCUUACUUUUAAAUGACAUUUUGAAGAACACGCCGAAAUCAAAUCCAGAUCACAACGCGCUAGACCAAGCGCUAGCGUCAAUCCGUGAAGUAAUGACUCACAUCAAUGAAGACAAAAGGAAAACGGAAGGUCAAAGGGUCAUGUUUGAUAUUUUCAACGAUAUUGAUAAUUGCCCGCCUGAUUUAGUUUCCUCUCACAGAAGCUUCAUAGCUAAAUCUGAAGUUGUGCAGCUAUCAUCAUCCGAAGGCCUCUCUGGCAAAGGCAAUCCUUUGGUGCUGUUUUUAUUUUCGGAUCAAUUGGAGAUCUGCAAGAAGCGUUCGAAGGCCUUCAACACAAUGAAAUCUCCGAACACGGUUAACGGUUUGCACAAGAACUCUGCAAGUAAACCGUACAAGCACAUUAAGUUGAUGUCCUUAAGUAACAUUAAACGCGUGAUCGAUAUCAAGGAAACGGAAGAUUGUCAGAAAGUGUUUGGUUUUGUCGUCAGGCACAACGAUGAACUCAAGGAACGUCUUUUCACGUUUGUUAUGUCUGACGAGGAUGCCGACAAAGUAACUUUCCUGAAAACACUUUGUCGGCAGAUGGCUACAAAUGCCUGUACAGCGGAUUCGGAUAAGUUUAUGGCCUUUUUGGAGCCGCACGAUCUGGAUAUAAACACCAGCGAUGUGAACAAUGGAACUUUGUCGAAGGCAUUCAAAUUUGCGACGAGAACGCGACUAAAAGUUGGCAGAGCGUUUUCUUUUAACAAAACGCCUUCUAAAUUGAAACGCGCUGUCUCCUCGAUGAUUUCCUCACCUUUUGGCAGCUCAACGAAUUUAACACCCGCAUCUCAACUCGCCCAAAUGAGACUAGCCAGUUACAACAACAUAAGCGAAUUGGGCAACGCAGACAACGUCGACUCUCCACCAAUCGCUCCUCUCUCUGUGCAGCCGACGCGAAAACUGAAAACAGGCUCAUUGGGCGUUAGCGCUCUUAAAAGAUUGUAACCUCUAUUCACUCCAUCUUUAUCCCAAUCACAAAAAAA